GAGGGAGGAGCAGCAGGGCAGACAGGCAUGCUGAGACUUCUCACUGCAAACAUGUCUGUCUGCACCAUUUUAACCCUCAGGAAUUAUUCUUUCUGUAUAAGGUCUUUCUCUAUUAUAUAUAUAUUAAGAACAAAUUGUAAUAUGCAGUUUAUUCUUUGGUGCUAAAAGAUAGUAAAUAUAUGUUAUGUAUUACAAUUCCUUACAACAAGGAGAUGCUUUACCUGGACGCUGAAAUUAAAUUUCCUCCUCACUCCCAGAUGUUGGUUUCGCUUUUGCCUUUCAUGCUGCUGCUUUCAUUGCGGAUCGCCCGGAGUGAAGACGUAGCCCCCAUAGUCCGGACCUUCACGUACACGGCCACCGGAGAGUCGUUGGAGUGCGACAUGUGUCCCCCCGGAACGUAUCUGCGCGCACGCUGUACAGCUACGCAGAAGUCCGUGUGCUCGCCUUGUCCGUCGGGGUCUUACACGGAGCUGUGGAACUACAUCGGGAGAUGUUUAAGGUGCGGCGCGUGUGGUCAUUUCGAGGAGGUGAAGACCCCGUGCACCGCAGAACGAGACUGCCAGUGUCAGUGCGCACAGGGGUACUACUACCAGAGAAACAACGAGAUGUGCUUCCGCCACAAAGAGUGUCGUUCUGGUCAAGAGGUGCUGACCAAAGGUACAGCUGAUGAGGACACUGUAUGCCACAAUUGUCCCACGGACACCUACUCCAACACCUACUCUUCUGUCUACAACUGCAGCCAACACAAAAGCUGCAAUGCUGAAGGGCUGAAGCUGGUGCUGAAGGGCUCCGCCUGGCACGACAGCGUGUGCACCAACUGCGAAGAGCUCAACUCAAAAGAUGGGGGCGACUACCUCAAAGAGAUCCUUCCAGCUUUCUUCGUCCACCACAAUAUUCCCACUAGGCGUCUGCGUCGUAUUGCACACAAGCUCCCAACUAAGGAUGGCAAAAAACAAGUAGUUUCAGGACUUGACCCCUCAGAACUUCAUUCACGGAUCAACUCAUGGGUUGCUUCUGCCACGGCCAGUCAGAUUCGACAGCUUCCGGAUAUAUUGAAAAAAACAGGAGUGAACUGCGAUGAUAGAUUGGUUAGUAAGCUGCAGAAAAUCGACUCAAAUCUGCAGCAGAUAUCGUGUGCUAUGGACGGAGUAGAUGUAAUUGUAAUAUAAAGUUAGAAAAACAAUUGAAUUGUGCUUGGCAAAUAGUUUGUUUAUUUAAUAAGGCAUUUUUUAUUUCAUCUAUAUUUACUUCCCUUUUCAAUAUGCAAUAUGUUUAGGGCGACACUUCAUGUCAUGUCAGGUGAGUUACAGGAACGAUGUAAUGUAAUACUUUACAGGUAUAAUAUCUGGGGGGGAAAUCAGUUCACUCUUUUCUGUCUGUGAAAAGCAGGGGGAGAGAGAAAGAACCUAUCAUGAUGAUUUUCAUUGACCAAAGAAAACCCCUCAGGUAUUACCCUUUAAAGAAUUAAAAGUGAUGGGCUACAGCAUAUCUACCUCUUCUUAUGUCUGCAGUUUAACAGUGUGAACUUAAUUUAUUUAGAUAUUUAUCAAGACAAGGUCAGUAGCAUCCGGACUGUGGAGGAGCUGUUAUGUUGUGUUUGCAAUUUAAGAUUUAUAUAAUAAAGAAUGCAUAAGAGUGUAUGAUAGUAAAGUUGUGUGGCUGCUUUGAAUGACUCUCAAAUAAAAAUGAUUGCAAGUAA